UCAGCGGAAUGGCCGACGAGGGGCUGAAGCUCUUUCCUUACUACCGUUACAUCAUCAACGAGUCUGACUACCCCGACGCCUCCCUUAACUACGAGGAGAUUCAGCGAUGGGCCAACGAAAUCUUCGACAGCACCACCGCCGGCUUGGGAGAACCUUUACCCCCGGCUGAUGCGCUCGAACACACGCCAACCAGAAUACAGGAGGUGACAGCCUCGUCACUCUCCCUCGUGUACAACCUCACCAGCAGUCUCGAUCUCGGCCUCAACUGGUCCUCACAACCCCUCGUGCCUUCAGGAGGCUGGUUCCUGUCCAUCGCCACGCUGCUGGGCAACCUGAUGGUAAUGAUUAGCUUCAAGAUUGACAAGCAGCUUCAGACCAUUAGUAACUACUUCCUGUUCUCCCUGGCCGUGGCGGAUAUCACUAUAGGCAUGGUAUCGAUGCCUUUGUUUACUCUGUACACACUCCUGGGUUACUGGCCUCUUGGACCGCUCAUCUGCGACACCUGGCUUGCCCUUGACUACCUGGCUUCUAAUGCAUCGGUUCUCAACCUGCUUAUCAUAUCCUUCGAUAGAUAUUUCAGCGUGACACGACCCCUCACGUACAGGGCCAAGCGGACGACCCGACGCGCGGCUGUCAUGAUCGGGUCAGCCUGGAUCAUCUCCCUCAUCCUUUGGCCACCUUGGAUCUACUCAUGGCCACAUAUCGAAGGCCGGAGGACUGUCCCGGAGAACGAGUGUUACAUCCAGUUUAUCGAAACGAACGAGUAUGUGACCUUCGGAACAGCCAUCGCAGCCUUCUACUUGCCCGUGACGGUGAUGUGUGGCCUGUACUGGCGCAUCUGGAGGGAGACCGAGAAGCGGCAGAAGGACCUCACCAACCUGCAGGCGGUGAAGAAGGACCCGAGUAAGAGGUCCAACUCGAGUGAGGCCGAGGAGGUGGUGGAACCCGAGGACUGGAAGAGACAGCGUUCCGAGUCCUCCACGGCCAUGGAUGAGAUCGAGACCACGUACGUGCCGACGGCGCUCGUCAUGGAUAACACCAAGUAUGCCUCUCAGGGCCGCGACGUGGGGAAGGCCGCCGGGUGCUGCCGCGGCCUUGCCUCCUGCAUCAAGCGCACCGUCGACCGCGAGGACACCAGCACCCAGGCCGCAGGACACCGACCAGGAUACCACACCCCGGGCUACCACACGCCGGGCUACCACACCCCCGGCUACCACACCCCCGGCUACCACACCCCCGGCUCUGUCGAGACCUCGCUGCCCUCGUCCGUGUCCCGCUGCACGUCCCUCAACUACAUCCGCGAGCCGAUGAGCGUCACGCCCACCAGCACCCUCGGCGUGGGCGCCCGCGGCCAGGUCGGGGGGCGCCUGCAGGCCCGCUCCCACUCGUCGGACUCCGUGUACACCAUUCUGAUCCGCCUCCCGCACGACCCCUCGCAGGACGGCCCUCUGCACCCGCCCUCCAUCCUGAUGAUCGAGGAGGAGGGCCAGGAGGGCGGCGGCUCGGGCGGCGGCCACAAGCUGCGCUUUGACAGGGGCACGUCGCCCCUGGCCCGCCGCGGGGACUCCGUGUGCUCGGACCCCAGCGGCCAGGCGACCAGGGUGGAGUGCUCGCUGCACCCCGGGGGACCGGAGGGCACCUCCCCGGUCCCCCUGCGCAGGACUUCGCACGCCCCCGACAUCAAGAUCCCGCUCAAUGCCAAGAUCAUCCCCAAGCAGCUGGCCGCUAAGACGCUGUCGGCCAUUUUGCUGACGUUCAUCGUCACUUGGACGCCGUACAAUGUGCUGGUGCUCCUGAAGACCCUGAUGGCCUGCAACGCCGACGACUGCAUCCCGCGCCAGCUGUGGGACUUCUCCUACUACCUGUGCUACAUCAACUCCACCAUCAACCCCAUGUGCUACGCCCUCUGCAACGCCGCUUUCAGGAGAACCUACGUAAGAAUCCUGACGUGUAAAUGGCACAGCCGUCGCAAGCAGGGAGUCCAAAGAGGAUAUUACAGCUGAGGACGUCUAACUCGCCGCCUGGCACGAGCCACCUACCAACUGCUCUUCCUCCUUCACCUGCACUGGCUGGCCAGCAUUUAGGGACCGACCACCUCAUGUGGAUCGCUCCUCGCUCUCUGCGUGCGCAUCU